AUGAAGAAAGUCUUUGCUCAAAUAACAAGAACAUAUUUACCAAAUUAUAGCCAUAUCCAAUACCUUUUCUUCUUGCAGAAACACUUCAUCGCAGGCACUGAAUCUGCCCAAAUACACAACUCCAAAUCUUGUUUUAAAGAAACUUCAGACCUGUACGAAGAUGGCGACAACAGUGAGAUGGCCAACAAUGGUGAAAACCCCAAUGGGUACGAUUUGGUUUACAAGAUUCAAGAAUGUAGGAACUUGGGUCUCUGUAAUCAUGGCCAACAGAUUCAUUGCUACGCUUUAAGAUCUGGGUCCACUUUCAAUGGAUUUGUCUCAUCUGCUCUCAUCGAUUUGUACGUUAAAUUGGAUAUGCUAAAAGAUGCCCAUAAACUGUUUGAUGAAAUUCCUGAACCAGGUUUAGUUGCUUGGAACUCGUUGAUCUCCGGGUACGUUCGUUCAGGGAAGUUUCGUAAGGCUUUGAAUCUGUUUCUUGAGCUAGAAAGAUCGAGAAUUCGUUCGGAUUCGUACUCGUUUACAUCUGUUCUAUCGGUUUGUGGGCAGCUAAGUUUGAUACGAUUCGGCAAGGCGGUUCAUUCUCGUAUCGUUAGAUUUGGUGUCGAAUGUAGUACUUUCGUAUCUAAUUGUUUGAUAGAUAUGUACGGAAAGUGCGAUCAUAUUGAAGAUGCGAUCAAGAUUUUUGAUGAAAUGUGGUUCAAGGAUACGUUUUCUUGGAAUUCGGUGAUCGGUGCAAGUGUUAGAAAUCAAAGAAUCGAACUUGCUUUCGGUUUCUUGAAUCGAAUGCCAAACCCCGAUACAGUAUCCUACAACGAGAUGAUCAACGGAAUUGCACAGUUUGGAAACAUGGAACAAGCUAUCGAGAUUCUAUCGACAAUGCCAAACCCGAAUUCAUCUUCAUGGAAUUCGAUUCUAACAGGGUACGUGAAUCGAAACCGUCCCAGAAACGCCCUCGAAUUCUUUAAUAAGAUGCACUCAAGCGACAUACGAAUGGACGAGUUCACGUUUUCGAGCAUUUUAAGCGGAAUUGCACGCCUUGGAGCGCUCACAUGGGGGACUUUGAUCCAUUGUUGUGUGGUUAAGUCCGGUUUGGAUGAAUCGGUAGUCAUCGGCAGCAGUUUGAUCGAUAUGUACUCAAAAUCCGGGCAGGUUAACACGGCCGAAUUCUUGUUCGAAUCGCUACCCGGUAAAAAUCUCGUGACUUGGAACGCCAUGAUCUCCGGGUACGCCCACAACGAGAAUUUCACGAAAGUGAUCCAAGUUUUCAAACAAUUGAAACACGCGAAAGAUCUACAACCAGAUGGGAUCACGUUUCUGAACGUGCUAUCGGCUUGCUGGCAUAAUAAGAUGCCAUUAGAAGUCGCGAACCGAUACUUUGAAUCAAUGAUAUGUGAUUACAAGAUAGAUCCAACGGUCGAGCAUUGUUCUUGCAUCAUCAGGCUUAUGGGUCACGAAGGGGAGGUUCGGAGGGCGGAAGGGAUGAUAAAGCGGCUAGGAUUUGAGUCGUGUGCCGGCGUUUGGCGGGCAUUGCUGGCUGCUUGUGGUGUUUGUGGGGAUAUCGAGGUGGCGGAAACCGCGGCGAGCAAGGUGAUCGAGCUCGAAGGCGAUGGAGAGUUCGUUCACGUUAUGAUAUCGAACAUUUACGCACAAUUCGGAAAGUGGGAAGAUGUAGGAGCAAGGAGGAAGAUGAUGAGUGACAAUAAGGUAAGAAAAGAGGCUGGUUUAAGUUGGAUCGAAUUAAAACUAGUUGCUACUAGCACUAAUCAAUAA